GUGAUUUUUGGUUAUUUAGUUGGUUAAGUAUGUUUUAUCUAACUUUAUGGUUAAACCAAACCAAACAAAACCAUAAACCAACGAGCUUAAACAAAUGUAAUGUAUAUUGAAGUGAACGAACAAUAAUUGAACAUUAACACUAAGUUACAGUCACACACAAGUCAUAAAAGUGGAUCUGCUAAUCGCAUCUGAACAAACAGAACCCUAAUGACGAUAAUUAAUAUAUAGAAACCAGAUACCAAACAUACGCUGGAGGAGGUUUGAAGAGUGCAGAUAGAAGCCAAGAGGUACAAAUAAAAUCAUCCGAAAGGAUUAAUAUAUUAAUGAUUAGUUCUUAUUCAACUUCAUGUCUCACAGCGAAAAAGACACAAACGUUCCACGUUACAUCCCUCUCCUAGCUGGUGGCUUCAGUGGAGUUGCCACACGGUUUAUUUGCCAGCCGCUAGAUGUUCUUAAGAUCAGAUUUCAGCUUCAAGUGGAACCCAUUGCAAAAAGUGGAGUAGAGUCUAAAUAUAAAAGCAUUCCCCAGGCUACACGGUUGAUCAUUCUAGAAGAGGGAGUUGGUGCACUAUGGAAAGGUCAUGUUCCAGCUCAAUUUCUGUCUCUCACCUACGGAAUGAUCCAGUUUGGUGUCUACAAUGGCUUGGUUAAGGAAUCAAAAAGCUAUCCACUGUUAGCGGAUAACAAAUCUAAAGUGGAGUUUGUUUGUGGAUUCACUUCAGGAUGCUUGGCUACUAUCUUUUCGUUCCCAUUUGACAUCGUUCGAACACGGCUCAUCAUCCAAGGAAAUAACAAGGUAUACAAAAACAUGUUUCAUGGGCUGAAUCAUAUAUAUAAGCACGAGGGGGUUCGUGGCUGGUUCAAAGGAUUGUCUCCUACACUUCUACAGAUAGGACCACUUUCAGGACUCCAAUUUGCUUCAUACCAUUUCUUUAAGAGACUCCUUAAAGAGUUUGAAACCAAGUCCAACAUGACAAGCAAGUGGUUCACAGUGUCAGAGACGGCUGUCGCUGGCUCGAUGGCUGGCUUUACUGCCAAAAUACUAGUCUACCCUUUGGAUCUCUUUAGGAAGCGAUUGCAGUUCCAGGGUUUCCAACAAGCUCGCAAAGGCUAUGGAAAGAACUUCACCUGUUCCAGUCUUGUUACAUGUGUCACAGAGACUGUUAGAGGAGAGAGGACAGUGGGUCUAUUCAAAGGCCUUACUCCGAGCUUGGUUAAAGCUUCUAUUGUCAAUGCUCUGAUAUUCACCUUCUAUGAAGAAAUGUACAGUUACCUACUGCGCUUACAUCAGGUUCCUAGAUAGCUGUGAAGUAUGUCUACAGGAACUGGAAAUGAGGAUCAGGAAUCUGUGAAAUGUGUGCCUUUACCAAUUUAUUGUUAAUCUGUGAUUAUGUUCCUUUAUUAUUAGGUUAAAAUAUCUUUAUUAAUCACAAUUUAUGUAGUAAUAUGUGUUAUAGCUCUUUUGAGUAACGUCAUAUUCAGUAUUGUAUUUAUGUUUUCUUUAUAAAAACUCUUAU